CCCGGCCGCCGCCCGAAAGCGACGGCCCCGAACUCUCAGAACACUCCUCGAGCGUCGCUCAUUUUUUCCCCCCGUCGCGAGACAUGACCAUCGGCAACGUCCUCGUCCGCAACCACCAGGUGCUGGCGAAAGCCUGCCUGGGAGGCGGGUUCGCGUACGGCUUCCUCUACACGAACUCGACUGGAAGCUCUCCCAUCCGAGACGCCGCGCAGGCUACCGGCUUGGAGAGCCCCACGGCGUCGCACACGCAGCAGACGACGUUCUCCAUCCGCGCUCCGGGUCACCACUGACCACUCCCGCGGGUGAAGAGGCGCAGCGCGAGGUUAAGGGAGACGACGGAGGCCGUCGCCGUCGAGAGCGUCGAGCACACAGCUGGCGCUCUGGAAGGGUCUCCGAUUCGAUGACUCACGCAGACUUCAUCUUGCUUUUCGAGUCAGAACCACGCUGGUAAGAUCGUCGCGGUUGGGAUGGGUGGGGGGGAUAAAACACAGGGGAACGGCCGCCGCGCGCGCGACCCGGAUGCUCUCGAACGGGAACGUGGUUCGAUGGAUGCCCCGGGAAGUCGACGACGCGCGCCACCGCCGUUGUAGCACACACGAGGACGCCGGAGAAGACCGCCCGCGAGGGCGGUCCGAAGCGGGGCGACUAAACGAAUGAGCCUUUGCCCAUCGAGGCGAGGCGUUGAGGGAACGAGGGACGACUUCGCGCUACUUGGGGAGUGCACCCUCGAAUCGUUGCUUUUGGAUUUUUGUUGUUCUUUUACCUGUCUGUAGAAGUAGGGCGCCGAACGGGCCGUUCCAUCCGCCGCCGAAGGUCGACGCCGCCGAGAGAUUCAACGAAAAAAGUCGGUUGAAGCCGGGCGGGAGAGUUUCGACGGCGGCUGAGCGGAUAGCGUCGAGCGCCCACGCACCGGAAGAAGCGUUGUAUCAAUACCAUCGAACGAACGAACGUUUGGACGCGCAGUAAAUAACGGAAA